UCCCGAAUUGCUUGAGAAACUGGUGAACCGAGAAACCAUGUCUGAAUCCGGAGAAGUGAAUCACGAGCCGAAACCUUCCGCACAGGAAUCUGUGGAAGAAGAUAGUACGCAAGAAAAUCCGUUGCAGGCCAAGGCCGACGAAAUUGGAACUCGCGGAAAUGAAUAUUUCAAACAACAAAAUUAUGAGCAGGCAAUCGCUCUCUACACCGAAGCUAUUGAAACAUGUCCUAAUGAACGGUUCUAUGCAAAUCGAAGCUUUGCUCACUUCCGCACCGAAUCAUACGGUUAUGCUCUCACCGAUGCCGACGAGGCUAUAUCAAUGAAAAGUAGCUACAUCAAAGCGUACUACCGUCGGGCAGCGGCCCUGAUGGCUCUAGGCAGAUUUAAGAAAGCCCUGGCGGAUUUAGAGCUCGUAGCGAAGAGAUGCCCAAGUUCAAAGGAAGCACAAAACAAGUAUACGGAGUGUAAAAAGAUGGUGAACAAGAUAGCUUUUGAAAAAGCAAUCUCUGUUCAGCAUCAGGAGAAGAGCGUGGCGAAGAUGUGCCGAGAUUUGGAGUUCACAACUAUCGAGGAUGACUAUAAUGGACCUAGGCUAGAAGAUGGGAAAGUAACGUUAGAAUUUAUGAAAGAUCUUCUUGAGUGGUACAAGAAUCAGAACAAAUUGCAUAAAUCCUUUGCCUACAGAAUUCUUUGUGACAUGGAAACACUGCUGAAAAAAGAACCUUCCCUGGUGGAAAUCACAGUGCCAGACAAUGAAAAGUUUACCGUGUGUGGUGAUAUUCAUGGGCAGUUUUACGAUUUGCUGCACAUAUUCGAAAUCAAUGGAUUGCCAUCUACCACCAAUCCUUACUUAUUUAAUGGCGAUUUUGUAGAUCGAGGCUCAUUCUCGGUAGAGUGCAUUUUCACUCUGUUUGGCUUUAAAUUGCUUUAUCCAAAUCACUUCUUCCUGGCGCGCGGAAACCAUGAAAGCUUCAACAUGAACCAACUGUAUGGCUUUAAUGGUGAGGUGGUGUCAAAAUAUUCACAAAACAUGGCAGACAUGUUCACACUCGUGUACAACUGGCUGCCACUGUGCCAUUUGAUCAACCAAAAAGUACUGGUAAUGCACGGUGGCCUGUUUUCGAAAGAUAACGUUUCGCUCGAUGAUUUACGAGCGAUUGAUCGCAACCGCCAACCACCCGAGGAAGGACUAAUGUGCGAGCUACUCUGGUCCGACCCCCAUCGCUUGUCGGGACGUGUGCCGUCAAAACGUGGCGUGGGCAUCCAGUUCGGUCCAGAUGUUACGGAAUCCUUCUUGAAAUUCAAUAAUUUGGACUAUAUCAUUCGUAGCCAUGAAGUUAAAGCUGAAGGUUACGAGGAGGCUCAUGACGGUAAAUGCAUUACCGUAUUUUCAGCACCUAACUAUUGCGAUCAAAUGAAAAACUUGGGAGCCUUCAUCACGCUGAGAGGGAACGAUUUAACACCGAAGUACACAACUUAUUCAGAUUCGCCACAUCCAUCUAUUCGGCCGAUGGCUUACGCAUACAGCCUAAUGUCAUAGUACGGUUCCGGUGCUUAUGAUGACGGUGUGGAACGUAUUUUCAAUAUUUUUUUAUCUACUGCUAUUGGAUUUCUAGUCGAAAUUUUCCAUAUGCAAGCUCAUAUUUUAGAAGCAGCAAAAACAGCUAAGCUAUGUUUAUCUAUCGUUUACUUAUUCAUUUGUUCCACACCGUUGUUUUAAAUCGUUUAUUUCUGGAUUCAAGCAUUUUUAAACCAAGCUUUUGUAUAAGUCACUUGUCUACCUGAUGAAAGAUAUAAACCAGUUCCGGUAUUUCUAAUCUAUUACAAACUGAGCAUCGAUCGGCUGGGUUGUUAUUCUUCUAUAAGAAAUUGGUUUAAUUUGCUACUGAAAAGUACAAUACCUGCUCCCAUAAGUGUGAGGCAAGUGACGGCUCCCAAAAAUUGCCCUCUUUCAACGAACAGCAAUAGUAUAUCAAUUUAUUUACGAUUGUAAUAGAAAUUCAACAGUUGGAAGUCCAGAAAUCCUCAACAUCUAACCCGGUAAAAGUGUCUGAAAAGAUGCGCUGUGAAAGGAUGUGCUUGCCAGAAAAUGAAGAAUUCAUGAAAAGCCCUUGAAUUAAUACGAGUCACUUUUCGGGAGUAGAAAUUGUAAAGAAUAAUAUAG